AUGUUCCUCGCAACCUCAGCAAAGCGCAUGGCGAGCACCACCCGGCUACGGGCCACCAUCCAGACCGUUACCCGUGUCACCUCCAUCCGCGGCCUCCACCAGACACGCGUUGUCGCGUUCCCCUCUAAAAACGCCCAGGGCAAGGACGACCUCGAGCCCAUGGGCGACGAAUACAGCAAGUCCGGCUCGGAUCAGCAGUCCGCCGCGAUGGAGCAAGCAGCCUUCGACCCGAACCAGACCAGCCCGGAGCAGGAGAAGAAAACCGCAGACAAGGAGAGCGGGGAGGACAACAACCCGCUGGAGAUGAGCCCGGCCAAUAUAGACGCCAGUCAACCAAAUGAUCCGAAGGGUGCCCCGGCGGAGAGUUCUUCGUCAGAGAGUAAGGAUAGUGAGUCUGGUAGGCAGAGGACGAGUGGAGGGGGGAGCGCCCCGAAGGCUGGGGGUGGGAAGUCUGGUGGGGGUACGUCGGGGACCAUGUGA